AAAUGUUUGGUUGAUUUGAACUACUUCAAAUGUCAAAGCGCCACUUGUGACAACAAACAAAUUAUUGUUUGUGUGUUUUUUUGUGUUGGGAAUGGUGUAGGGGCUCGGGCCCCCAGUUUUCUUUUUUGGAUUCUUAUUUAUUCAAAAAUGUGUGCUUGUGUACAAGUUGUGUAAAUAAUCAGUGAGUUUGUGCGACAUAACCUCUAAAUGCUUCCAAAAAUGAAUCCAGUGUACGAUUACAUUCAGCGAAACCGGGUUUUGGCAAAAAUAGAAAAAGCUCAUGGAACUAAAGCAACGAAUUUAGCGCUAGAUGAUUACGACCUUGUCAAAUUUCCCCCCUUGUUGGUGAGCUGUGUCCACCUCUCAUAUCUAAACAUUGGUCAUAAUCAAAUCACUGAACUGCCCAAGUGUCUCGGACAGCUCAAGAAUUUGCAAAAUUUGUCUCUGGAGUACAAUAACUUCGAUCGUUUCCCUGAAGUACUCAAGGAUUUGCCUCAGUUGAUUACUCUAAACAUAAGCCAUAAUCCGAUUAAAGACUUGACUAGAGAUAUUGGAAAUUUAACUUCGUUAGAAACAUUAUGGUGUAACCGUUGCUAUCUGGAGUCUUUACCUGAAGAAAUUGGUAAUUUAACAAAGUUGGAAACCUUGGGGGCUCGGCAUAACCUGUUAACAAAGUUACCAGAUGGAAUCUGUAAUUUAGUGCAACUGAGGUGGCUUACUUUAGAAGAUAAUCAAUUGUACACAGUUCCUAAAGACUUCGAUAAGUUACAGUCUUUAAUACACCUCAACUUGACUGAAAACAAAUUUCAUUAUAUUCCCUCAAAUAUAUCCAAAUUAAAACAGUUGAAAUACCUCCACUUGCGCUUUAACGAAUUUUAUUCGAUUCCGGAAAGUGUACUCACUACAAUGACUUGUGUCAAAAUUAAUUUAUUACAUAACCCAUUGUCCUCGACUGGUGAUAUAGAUGUGAUGUUCCCCAAUGUGAUAACAUCAAAUAAACAAUUAGAAGAUGAUACGGCGGUCGAUUCUGACUCAAAUUCCGAUUGGGAAAAUAGUGUAGCUAGUUCAGAUUUGAAUUAUUCAGCUACGGAGUCAGAAAGCGACGAUGAAGAUAUUCUAAUAGAAGUCUCGAAGUUGUCAAAAUUUCUUGUAACGUUUUGAUUGUUUCAGGUUUUUCCUUACCAUAAAGUAUUACGAGAUAUUGUGGUUUAUUUUUUAAAUAAAAGUCGGUUACGCAAAAGUA